AUGGCAAAACCUUUGGAUCACAUCAAGAGACCCAUGAAUGCGUUCAUGGUUUGGUCCAGGGGUCAAAGGAGGAAGAUGGCCCGGGAGAAUCCCAAGAUGCACAACUCAGAGAUCAGCAAGAGGCUGGGCGCGGAGUGGAAGAUGCUCUCCGACUCCGAGAAACGACCCUACAUUGACGAGGCCAAGAGGCUGCGGGCUCAGCACAUGAAGGAGCACCCGGACUACAAGUACAGACCCCGGCGCAAACCCAGAACAGGUUUCCUGAAAAGAGACCAUCUGGUUUUCCCACUGCCGUCGAAGCCCCUGAAGGAGUUUCCUCUGGACCCUUUCUUCCUCCCAGCAGGAGAUAAAGACAGAGCUCUCCUCUCUCCCUCCUCCUCCUCAGUAUUCCUGGAGCCACAUUUCAGUGGAGCUGUUCAGCCGUACAGCGCUCAAGCCUUUGGGUACCAGACAGCUGGGCUUGGGGGGCAGCAGCCUCCUCCCCCCGGACCAGGAUAUGUGAUUCCAUGCGGCUGCAGCGCCUGGUCCUCUGCCUCCUUCCAGCCUCACGUGGCUUAUAUUCUGUUUCCUGGAGGGAUGAAGAGCAGCUUGGACUACUCCUCAUCAGGCUCCAGUGUGUGA